UGUGCCGUGAGCCCAGCAGCAGCGGCUGCACAGUCUCAAAGCCUCGCGGGCGAGCGCAGCAGCCCGGAGCGCCGGACCCGAAUCCCCGCCGCCUCACAGCAAAGUCCCCGCGAUGCGGCCCGGCCUGUGAUCAGCUGCAGAGCCGAGGACUCUCGCAGCACAGCUACCUCAGAGCCACCGCCGCCCGCCGUCCCGCCUCCGCCCCGAGGUUUCUGCACUGCCAUAGGACACCACCUGAGGCCACUUCACUCUGCUGCCAUGUUCCAGCGUCUCAGCAGUCUCUUCUUUAGCACCCCACCACCUCCUGAGGACCCAGACUGUCCCCCACCCUUCAUCUCCGAAGAAGAUGAAGUAGAUGGGUGGCUCAUCAUUGAUCUGCCGGACAGCUACGCCGUUCCACCCAGCCCGGGGGCCGCCCCAGUCCCUGCAGGCCGCCCUCCGCCCGCGCCCUCCUUGAUGGACGAGAGCUGGUUUGUUACCCCUCCCGCCUGUUUUACUGCAGAGGGGUCCGGACUCGGGCCGGCCCGCCUCCAGAGCAACCCCCUGGAGGACCUCCUCAUCGAGCACCCCAGCAUGUCUGUUUACUUCACGGGCAGCACCAUAGUGCUGGAACCUGGGCCCUCUUCUCCGCGCCCCGAAGCUACCCUGCCUGACGGCGAACUUAGUGAUGGGGAACUGGUGCCUGCCCACCGAGAGACCCGGGCCCUGCACCAUGCUGCAGCCCCUCUGCCAGCUCGGGCUGCGCUGCUGGAGAAGGCUGGCCAGGCACGGCGGCUGCAGCGGGCCAGGCAGAGGGCGGAACGCCAUGCGCUGAGUGCAAAAGUGGUGCAACGGCAGAAUCGAGCCCGCGAAAGCCGUCCACGCCGGCCCAAACACCAGGGCAGCUUCGUCUACCAACCGUGCCAACGCCAGUUCAACUACUGAGCGUCUGCCGGCCACGUGUAACAAACCCCUCUUCGACUCCCUAUCCCUACCGAGCCCCUUCAUGGCAGCCAGAGUGCUGCUCGAGGGGUACCCGAGGCCUGCUUCAGGCAGGAGCAACCUCCCUCCUUAAGUGUAGGAGUUGGGGUGACAGCCCCUUUCAUACCCCCUGGAUUUCCCAACCUUUGAUCCACUAAUCCAUCUCUGAAUCCCCUCUCCUCCUUCCAUCUUCCUUCUGUGGCCCCCAAGCUCCAUAUCUAGUCCUCUCUCCCCAACCCCUGACACACCUUUCUUUCACCCCCCCGACCCCAGCCCCUGCCCUAACAUUCCCCUUCAUCUUUGCUCUCCAGUCCUCUACCUCUGGCCACUCUUUUCUGACAGUCUCUCCUGCCAUCCCAUAUCUGGUUCAAUCCCCACCUUUAACUCCCACCUAACUAGCCUCUCCUUAGCGCUUGGUUGGCACUAACACUCCUGCCCCCUUAUUAUACUCACUCCCAGUUACUCUCUCCAAAUGGGUUUGGGAGGAGGGAGAGUCUCACCUUUCCUCUCCCCCUGGGGGCUAGGCUCUUUGAAGUUGCUUAGGCCUGGAAAGGUAAAGUAUGUGGAAGAGGAUUGUGAGAUGUGAAUUUGAGGAAGAUGAUGGGAGGGAAUUGAGUUUAAAUAGGCAGCCUGUUGAAGAUGUACGGAUAUGUUGAAAAGCUGUAGGAAGCAGGGCACUAGGGGAGCUGGCACCAUGCUUGCUCAGAGAGGCCAAGUCCUGCUCUCUCAGGCUGGAGCCUGGAGUCUGCCCCCAGACCCCUUUCUUAUAAUCCCACCACCCAGAUCUCUCCUGAAAUCCACCCCUCUGCAGGCCGCUGAGUCUGAAGGGCUUAGUCUUGCUACCCUAUUCACAAUGUUACCCCGGGAAUAGAGGCUGGGCAAGUCCCUGCCAUCCUGACCAUCUGUUCACAUGCCCAAGGUGCUAGAACUGGCUUAGGAGAGAUGCUGGAUAGAGGGCUUCUAGUCAGCAAAAGGGCACAUCCCGGAAUAAGAACACAGGAUGAUGCUAGGAGAAGCUGUGGGAUAAAGCCAUCCUAAGAUUGACAGUUCAGACUUCAUCUUGCAUCUUUUAUUUCACACCCUGCCCGGAAUGGCUAACAAACACUCCUGGGUAGGAGGCCAGGAGCCUGUGUUCCUAUCCCCAGAUAAUCCCUAUCCAGGUUCAAAGCCUUCAGGGGGGCCUCUCAUUUUCUCUCUUCCUUUUUAAGCUAUUGGGGAGAAAUGGGUACCCUUAUGGUUCCCCUUUCCUUCUUCAGUUAGCACCUGGUGGAGGGAACCUGAAUCCCUGGAUGAGACUGGGAGGGCAGGGGCAGAUAGCUUUCCCCUUCUAGUGGUGGGACUGAAUUUUGGGCUCAGACACCAGCAACAGCCUCUUGGGGAAUGCCCCCGAGUUGCUUUCCUUUCCCUCUUUCUAACUGUCCUUUUCUAGUGUGUGUUUUCUUCCUUGAAACUUCUAAGUUUCCUGUUACAUAAAAACAUAGGUCUUCCCUCUUACUCAAAUUCCAGGUUUCCAGGCCUCAUAGCUAUUGGAGGCUUGCAGAAAACUGAAAUCCUAUGCCAGUAAAGGCUGCUGCCUUCCAGACCUUAGAGCUCCCAUUCUUAUGUGGGCUUGCAGGGAAGGGAGGAGGUAGCUCCAUGGAACUAGGAUGAAUUCAAAGGAAGGCCCACAAGGCUCGGGCCUUCUAUCCCAAGGAGGAAGCCAAAUUUAUACUAAAAGCAGAUCAUCCAAGUCCCCAUGCCAGUCCACUAGGGCCCCAGUAGUGGACAACCUUGUUCUUCAUCCCCAAAUUUUCCUUUAGUUACAACCUCAACACCUGUAUUUUUCCACCUACCCUGUGGUCACAUCACAGCUAGCUUAGGGUCUUCAGCAUUUCCAAGAGCUGGAACUCCCUCCAGCUCUUCCUGACUACUGCUUUGCUGCCAGCUGGGGCCUAGGCUUAGUCCUGUAGAGUACCCAAGAUCCUUCUGGUGGAGGAAGAAUGAGUUAUAGGGCAUUUGGCUGACAUUUCAAAAGGACCCUCCCAUAUUUCUGGAGGCUACUAUAGUUCCAGAGCCCUCCAAUCUUAUCAUCUGGCUGGUUGCAAGGCUCAUGUUUUUUUGUAUUUUCCUAUGGAUUCUGUAGCAUUUGCGUGUGGCAAUAUUUUUAAUUGUGUAUAGAUUUUUAAGAACCAACACUACUCAGUCUCCUGCUAGUCUGACUCCUGAAGCAUCAGACCUCGUCAUACUGUAUUGACUGUGUAUGUGCCUUUCACCUUGAGCAUGCUUCAGGAUUUUUUUUUUUAAACCACAGAACUUGAAUACACGAAGGAACCAGAAUUCACAGUCCUAUGCAACCUUAGAAAGGAGGGGGUUAGAGAGUCUGUCUUGCAGAGAACGUGGAAAAGUUUGUUCCAGUUGUAUUAAUGUCAAUACCAGCACUUUGCCGACACUGUGUGUCAUAGAGUCUCCUGUUUCUAUCGUCCCAGUUACAUCAAGGGUGACUUCCAAUUAUUCCCUAUUGUCUGAGUGCUCUGGUGUCACUUUCCUGCCACUGUCAGUGUGGCCCUAGCAGGGCAUCUUGUGUGUGUGUGUGUGAAUGCAGUUUGCUGCUGUUUUGGAGUCUGCCUGCUCCCUAGCUCCCUGUCUGGAACCCUGAUCACUUUGCCCUGACCCAUGACAUCUUAGGUGCAACAAAGACCCCGCCAGAGCUCUUGGAUGCCUCCUCAGAUCCAUGUGGCUUUACCUAAGGGGACUAAAUGCAGACAUGCCAUAGUCCCUUAUAUCUUUCCUCUUACUCUGAUACCUAGUUCCAAGUGGAACAAACAAGUUGAAUGCAUCCCUCUGGGUGUUUUGUGUUGAGAUUGCAGAAAUGAGGACUCUGACCAUGUUGUGACAUGUUGACAGAUUCAAGGACACAACCACCUCAACCCGUUCAUGUGGCAUGCCUGUGUACAUGUGUAACAGGAUUCUGAUUGUUAGAUUGUAAUGUUAUUCCUCUAUGGGAAAAAAAAUUAAUAUAAAGAAAAACAAAUAAAAAUCUAUUU